GAAUAUGUCCGUAGACAUUUCCGACAAUUACUAAAUAUAAAUAUAUAGGAUAUUUAUGAAGAUAAUAAAGUUAAUUAUUAUUAGUAAUUAUAUUUGCUUGCUAGAGAAUAAAUAUAAUUGGUGGGUCAAUAAUAAUUGGACCACAACUAAUAUAAUUAAUCCUAUAAGGUCUUACAAAAGAAUCAAUUGAACGGUAAAUGACUCGGGCCCAUUAGGAGUAUGGGCUUGCGAUCCAAUUAGGUUAACAAAAGAAUCGGUUUCUUUUUGACCUAGGUUACUAGUAUUAUAUGAGGAUAUAAUGCUAGUAGUGGAGAAGUGGGGAUAAUGGGACGAUGGAUGUGAGUAUUAUAAAUAUGUUUAUUUAAAACUCUCACCAUACACAAUUCUCAUAUACAGUUAUUGAAAAACCAGAAAAAGCAAGAGAAACAAUCUCUUCCGUUCUAGCAAACGUUGGUGUUCAAUUGAUUCCGGUAGACCGAAUAGAGGAGCAACGUUUGAGGCUCUCCAUAUUAUCUUAUCGCGUUAUUUUCGUGGAUUUCACGCUACAAAGAAAUCAUGUCUGGUUCAACUAACAACAACACUCCUGCUUUUAACUUGCGCUGUGUCUUGGAAAAAGACAAAUUGAAUGCAAACAACUUCCUUGAAUGGAAAAUGGCUGUGAGAAUUGUUCUCAGAGCUGAAGGAAGGGAAAGUGUUCUUGACACUCCACUCCCUGAACCCCUGCCAGAAACUGCAACAGUUGCAGAGAAAAGAGCUAGGCAAAAUCUCGAGGCCAAUUCUGUGCAAGUAACAUGUCUGAUGCUUGCUUGCAUGGAACAUGAUUUUCAAAAACGUUUUAACAAUCUUGAUGCCUACACAAUAAUCCAGCAACUUAGAACAAUGUUCGAAAAGAAUGCUCGAUUAGAGAGAUUUGAAGCUAAUUGUAAACUUUUGGAAUGCAAACUGGGCAAGGGAAAACCCGUCGGACCCCAUGUGUUCGCCUUAAUAGGGCAUUUUCAAGUCAUGGAAAAGUUGGGUUUUCCUUAUCCCAAAGAGCUGGCCACUGAUAUUGUGAUCAGAUCCUUGCCAGAAACUUUUGAUGCUUUCAGAUUAAAUUUUUACAUGCAAGGAGGGGAAGCAACCUUGCCAGAAUUGCAUGGUAUGCUUAUUCAGGCUGAAAGGAGCUUACCUUCUGAACCCGCACUGAAAGAUGUGCUUAUGGUCAGAAAGAAUAAAAAGUUCAAGAAGAAAGGGGUUCCUAAAUGGAAUGGCAAUGGUAAGGUAGUUACCACUAAUGCCUCUCCCAGACCAAAGGCUACUCCAAAGGCUAAAGUAGCAGCACUACAUGAGUGCUACCACUGCCACAAGAUUGGCCAUUGGAAGAGGAACUGCCCCGUCUAUCUAGAAAAAAAGAAGUCUGGUGCUUCAUCUUCAGGUAUAUAUGUUAUUGAAAUUAAUUUAGCGACUUCGGCUUCUUGGGUAUUUGAUACUGCUUGUGGGUCUCACAUUACUAGUAAUGUGCAGGGUCUAAAAAGAAGUAGAAGCUUGAGCAAUGCUGCAUUCACACUUAAUAGAGCACCUACCAAAGCAGUGGAAAAGACACCAUAUGAGAUGUGGACGGGAAAAGUUCCGAAGUUGUCUUUUCUAAGGAUUUGGGGUUGCGAAGCUUAUGUAAAACGUUUAAUAUCUGAUAAACUAGCACCUAAAUCUGACAAAUGUCUUUUUGUGGGUUACCCAAAAAGGACAAAGGGAUACUACUUCUACGACCAAAGCGAAAACAAAGUAUUUGUUGCUCGCAAUGGUGUUUUUCUAGAACAGGAAUUUAUUUCUAGAAAAACAAGUGGGAGUAAUGUAUAUCUCGAAGAAGUUCGAGAUGAGCAACAAAUGAAUAAGGUUAACACCUCAUCAGAGGCGCCCCAGCAUGAUAAUGCCCAGGAGGAAAUGCAUUCAACGCACUUACCUCCUACCGCCCCAAGUGGAGAAAAUCCACACGAAGUCACUCUACCUAAUGAGGCAGAAACUUCUCUUAAUCAGAAGAGCCUACUAGUUACAAAGAUGCUUUGGAGAGUCCUGAAUCCGAAAAAUGGCUUGAAGCCAUGA